UAUGUUUAAAUAUGUAUUACUUCUAAACUUUGACUUUAUAAGGCCCAGAAUAACUUUUUUGAUUUUUGGCAAUUUGGCCAAGACAUGGAAAUUAAUCUUGCUUCAAUGCAAGCACUUAAAAAUGCACAUGCUACUUCUGCCACUUUUAAGGCUCUGGGUUCUCAAAUGACAGACAGUCCUCAUCCCCACAUUUAAAGCUGUGUCUUGGUUUGAAAGUGUGCUGAGUAAGGCAGGAGCCUCCCUGGGAAUGGAAAAUGUAACCCCCCUCCCUCUGAAUUGCUAUAAAUUUGAAAUUAAGGGGCUCUCAGGCAAAGAUAGGAGGAUAGGAAUAACAGUUCUUUACUAAUAUAUAAAAUAAUAAAUUUUAAAAAACCUACAACUUAAUAGGAAAAUUAAAAUAAUAUGUAGUAGUAUGAAAACACUGCCAGAGUGAGAAUAGGAGCUGUCCCCCUGUGUGUCAGGGAGGUGUCCCAGCCCCAUCCCGUGGGGGCUCAGCCCUCCUGCAGUGCCAGCUGUGGCUCUGCUGCAGCAGGGAUCCUGCACAAGGGGGGAGUUUUCCUCUGCAGCUCCAGGGCUGCUGCAGAUGGGCCUGGGCUCCCUCUGGCCAUGCAGGGCAGCAGAAAGCUGCUCCUCUGGCAGUGCAGGGGGCAAAGGCUGCUGUGCUGUGCCAGGCCCAGAUUGGAUCCAGGCAGGAAUGCUUGGCUCCUCCCCUGGGCGGAGCAUCUCCCCAUGGGAUGCUGGGAUUGGCUCAGCCCUGCAGGGACACUCAGUGGCCAUGGACAGCAGAGAUCUCCUGCAGGGAGGGUUGGCUGGGGGAGAGAGAAAGCAAAAACUGCCCCACCUGGUUGUAACAGAGGGUGAUAGAAUACACACUGCUGGUUACCGAUUGCAUUGCAACCUAAGACAAGUGGGUUUCUUUUCUUCUCUGUUCCAGAGUCUUCUCAAGAGCAAGGACUUGCCAAAGCCCCAAAGUAGAUUAAAUAUCCAGUGGGGGCUUCAGUUGUACCAUAUGCAAACAUCUGAGAGGCUCAGUACUUGAGCUCUGAUGUUAGUGGGGAAAAUCCACGCUCCUCUCUGCAGGUUGCCUGUUAUGCUGAUUGAGUGUUUUAUUUCUGACAGGAGUCACUUUCAGAGAAUCCAGAACUCUAUAAAGUGUAAAACUGUGUUCCAGAGCUCCUCAACUGCAAGCAUUCAUGCAGCAUUUAUCACUGUACAGAGUAACCACUUCUUCCCAGUACAAGUUUCCACCUAAGUGGUGCUUCUGAGCCCCCAGCUGGCCAAGCGGCUCCCACGGGUGGUUCUUUAGGAUUCAGGAGCUUGUGGAACAACUUAAAGGAAUACCAGACACAAAUGGCUUUGACUGAAAUGGUCUGUAUGAUUGUUUUCUUGAAAGAAAGCGUGAAGUAGCUGAAACCUAUUCAAGAAGAAGAAUUUGGCUCAAAAAAGACACAAGAUAAGCAUUUUUAUAACUUUGGCUAAUAUCCCAAAAUUUAUAGCUUGGCUGAUAUCUCAAACUAAAACUGUUUGAAUGGCUUGUAUUUUUUUUUUUUUUCUGAGAGGCAGGAAGAAUGAAGAGUAAUAUGGUUAAAACGGAUUUUCCUUACACAGUGAUAUGAAAGGUGAAUAUUUCAUUUGUUUUAAAUCAAGUCAUCCUGCUGUCAUGUUAGAAAUCUCAAAGGCUCAGCCUUGUAGAAGGAUUUAAAAGCAGCACUUCAGCAAUAAUCGGAUUAGAAGGACUUGCAUAGCUGCAUGGUAUAAAAAAGAGAUAAAAGAAACCAGAGUCCCAACUUGCUACAAAGCAAGGCCGUGAGUUGUGGGGUGCAGAAUCAACCCACAGUUCUGAGCCAGUGAUUUUGACAUUCACCUGGAGCAGGGAUGCCUGCAGACUUCAAUGGGUACUGGAAAAUGGUCAGCAAUGACAAUUUUGAGGAGUAUCUGAAAGCACUGGAUGUAAAUGUCGCUGUAAGAAAAAUAGCAAACUUGCUAAAGCCUGACAAAGAAAUCCUUCAGAACGGGGAUCAUAUGAUCAUUAAAACACUAAGCACUUUUAGAAACUACAUCAUGGAAUUUGAUGUAGGAAAGGAGUUUGAGGAGGAUUUAUCUGGGGUGGAUGAUCGCAAGUGCAUGACCACCGUGUCUUGGGAUGGAGAUAAGCUGCUCUGUGUGCAGAAUGGAGAGAAGGAGGGCCGUGGUUGGACCCAGUGGAUUGAAGGAGAUGAAAUGCACCUGGAAAUAAGAGUGUGUGGAGUCACAUGCAAGCAGGUCUUUAAGAAGGUGCAGUGAGCUUCUGCUGCUCCAGGAGUGAAGAACAACAGAACAACAGAAUUUACUGUCUUGCCAGCAACUCUCCAAACGUUAGCACUGAGCAUCCUCAGCAGCAAGAGCAAACACAGAAAUGAAGAUCACAUUAGAACCAUAUAGUUGGAAUAAAAUAUUUUUAGGAAACUGAAAAAAAUGACUGCAAAUAAAGCUAUUUUUAGAAAUGCCAAUUAAAGAUACUAAACUCUCUAAAUGUGUGCAUACCAUAAUUCUUGACUCUGCCAAAAAAGGACUAUAAGGUAUAAAAUAGGAGGUUUAGACAUUGUAAGCUGUUUUUUUACUCUCAGUAUCACCCUUUAAAUCUCAAUAUCACCCUUUCAGAGCCUUAGCC